AUGGCUGUCCAUAAUGAAUGGGGUGGCCAUGACUCCAUUACCAAAUCCAAUCAACUUGCCUCUGAUAUACUCGUUUGGCUCUUACAUUCUAAAGCAGCACAACUUGAAACAGAGGAUUUGGAGACUUUGUUGCAUGAAAGAUUGUUGCUUGCUUUCAACACAGAGAUUGAGGAUGGCAGUAUUGAGGAGGUGGCCGAGCAAUUGAUCAUCAUACGUGACGAUUAUUUACAAGGAAAUUUAGUUUUCAAAUAUUCUGUGUAG